AUGUUGCAAAAUGCUUUUCAAUCCAUGCUCUCGUCAUCAUCAAAUGGAGGCUUUCGGAUUUCGAGUAAUGAUAGUCAAGGAUCUUUAAAUCCAAUCAUUCCAUCAUGGAUGAAAGAAUGGAUGAAAUUGAGCAAUUCAAAGAAUAAUUUGAAAAACAUGUUUGACAAGGAACAAUACGGGUUCAUUAUUGAACGCAUAGAAGAGUUUGAAAAAUCAUUCCGAAUGGAAAAAGAAAAUCGAAUCCGUGAUCAUGAUCAUGGAGGAAUUGCGGAAUUUAGAAAUGAUAUUUGUUAUUUAUCCGUCAUGAUUGAUAAAGUUAUUUGCUCCAUCUUGAACCACGCUCCAUUAAAUGACGACUCUGUACGUACAUCAGCACAUAGUAGUGCACUUGAUGGCCAUCUAUCUCAUCUCCAUCGAGUUCUGGACACUUUUUCCAAGAAGGACGAUCUUUCUAUUCACGAUAGCCUGUAUUUAAUUUUUGGAUUGAAAGCCUAUAUCAUCGGAGUGUACAAUGAUAUUGUAUUGAAUCAAGCACAUGAAACGACAAGGAAGGCCAAAGACAUCAUUCACUCCUUGAACCAUUCAUUGCAGUUUUGUUUGAAUAUUGUGCUAAAGAAGUUUGUAAGAAAAGAUUUGAAGGAUUUUGAUUAUUUUGAUUCAUUGCAGGAUGCCAUUGAACAACACUUUUCUGGAUAUUUGUUUGAAGAUGAGCAAUUGGCUCCUAAAACAAAAAAGAGGAAAAAGUCUUCAUCGAGCAAUUUACCAAUGAAUGAUUAUGCAAAUGCUUUGAUGGAUUAUUUGGAUUAUGCAGAUAAUCAAUUUAUUUUUCCAUUACUGAAUUUGCAUAUUCAUAUCUUCCAAGCUUUCAAUUACCUAAAUUCAUUGUGGUUGACAAAACGAAAAUAUUCCAAUAUUUUACGAACAAGUUACAACCCAUCAACUACCAAGGGAGUUGUUACAACAGUUUUGAAAAAGCUCACAAAUUUAUGCGCGCUCAAUAACAAUGCCAACUUGGAAUUUACAAUUUUGGACGUGGAAAGAACAAGUAAUGUGCAUAUUAUUCUCUCAUUAAUUGAGGAAGGGAAACUUGAGGACGCAAAAAGUAUAUGCAAUUGCAUGACCGAUUAUAUUCCCUCCCUUUUCCUUUUAGGAAUUAUUUUCUUGCAAGAAGAUAACGUCAAGAUUUCUAAAGAAUGCUUUUUACAAGUCGUUCAGCUUGCUCAUGAAUCACAUAACAGACAUGAACAUACCUAUCUUAUUCACAGCUGUAAAUUAAUAUCUCUACUUUUUAUUAAGGAAUGGAAUUUAGUCGAUGGUUUAACAUGGUUUCAAAAAGCAUGUGAUCUCGAGAAGACUGAAAAUAUUCAAUCCAAAGUCGAAUCUCUGUACAAUAUAUGCAAAAUUAAGGAAUGGAUUGGCGAAUUGUAUUCCAAACGAAAAGUACUCAAAGACAUUUAUCAAAUUUUGACAACAACUGGUCAUACCCUUCUCACUUCAUCUGAAAAGGAAAGCAUUUCGAUCAAUCCAAUUCUCAUUCUCUAUCAAAUUGGACUCUGCCUGCUGAAGGAAGAAAAUUUUCAAAAUGCAUGCCAAUGUUUUGAUUACAUUCUUACGAACCUUCUCACGAAUAAUGAAAAAUGUUGGGGAAGAUUGAAUCAAAAUCCAGUUACAACUCAUACAGAUGAGCUAGUUUCACCUCUCAUAUUGCUUCGAUUGUAUAUUUAUUGCUUACUUCAAACGUUUAAUUUCGAGAAGGCAUUCUCUUUGUGUGAUUUUGUCUUGAAGAAGCUCGGAAACGAUUCUCCAGACAUUUGGCCAUUCCAAUUGUACAAGUGUGAUGCUUUGAUGGCUCUUGAACGACCACUUAGUGAGUGUGAACUGGUACUUGACUCGGUCCUACAAGGAAAAGACAGUCAUAACAUUUCUCGAAUUGUGAAAUCGAUCGUUUACAACAAUAAGGCCCUCAUUCUCAUUUGUAGACAUCAACAAAAUGAUGCACUCAAAUUGUUGAAGAAAAGUUUGGCACUGCUUCCAGAAACAGCAUUCGAUGAUGACUACUUUAAAAAGAUGAUGUAUGACUUACAGGCAAGCAUAACUUUCAACAUCACAACGACUUACGUGGCUUUGAAUCAAAUAGAAGACGCUGCCAAGUGGUGGUUCUCAUUUCGAAAGAUUCCAUUCUCUACACACAUCACUUCAGAGCAAUAUGCACAACAGUUCACAUUAUUAGAGCAAAAGCAAAGUUUAAAAGCCAUUAAGGGAGAUGUGUGUGGCAAUCUGAUUGAAGAUCCAAAUGAUUCAACCACUUUCAUGUUACUUUCUCAUGUGACAGGAAAAUGUACACGACAACAACAAUUUGCUCUUGAUUUAUUAAUGCUCAAAUUAUACAGCAAGCAUUUGGAGAAAAUGGAAGAAAUGGUAUAG